AUGGUAAAUGAUUCGAAUAACCAAACUAAAAGUCCAAUUGUUUCUAAUCAAACCUCAUCCCAAGAAAGCUAUAGUUCAGCCCAUCCAGGCACAACAACAUCCAUCUCCCCAAUCCAUACAACAAACCCUAGUACACCAAUCACAUCAAACAAACCAACUCACAAAUCAAAUUAUCAACAAGAAGAAGAUGAAUCGAUUCCAUUUUUUUCUAGACCAAGAUCCAAUACCUCUUUCUUGAAAUUGACAGAUCAACAUUUAAGUUUAGGUGGGAUUUCGAGUCAUUCUUCGGAAGAUUUAUCUAGUUUUUGUACUGGUGCUGCUUCUUUGAAUUCAGAACCACAAUGGAAAUCUAGAUUGAAUUCAGUUGGAUUGUUUGCUACAAAUCAAUCUUUUGAAGAACAACAAAACCUUUGGGUUGCUAAUCCUGAUCGAUUUUAUUCUCCUAGUCUUGAAUCUAUCUUUCAUCCUCCUUCAAGACUAAGUCUUUCUCCUGUUCCUGGUCGUCCAUCUGGUUCAGUAGUGAAUUGUUAA